CGCGACGAGCCACAGAAGAAAUGACUUGCUAUCAGCCGCAACGACAGUUGAGCAGCACCAAGGUGUCGGACGUAUUCAUAGAACCACUAAAGUAGCUAACGUCACAGCGCGGCUAGAGUGCAGUCUGGCUUUCGUGACCAUCUAGGACCCAUCGGCAUUAGCCAAACAGAGUCAGUAAGGGUUUUGGCCUUAGCACAGUCGCAUCCAUCCUUGCUUUUCCAAUAGAAUACCUAGAAAUAGCACAGCUGUCCUAGAAUGGCGGUCAACGUUGUCCUUUCGAAAUCAGAAAGAGCAGCUCUUUCCAAAAAGUUUAGUUAUCUGAAACGACUUCAUACCGGAGACGACGAGGACGACAGUAACGAGGACGACUCCGACGAGGGAUCCAAUCACGGCAGAAUAAUUCGCCGAGACCCGAACAAGAGCAGCGAUAGCAGCAGCGGGGAGGGUUCAGACGACGGAGCAAGCAUCCCUGACGAGAACGGGCUCGGGGACGGCUCCUGCGGCGGCAGCGGCGCGAAUGUCACUGUCUAUGGACCCGAAAGCGGCAACUGCAGCGGCGGCGGUGACGCGGUUGCCGGUUCUACCGGGGCUGGUCCCAGUCCCGCUGGUCUCUGUCUCGCUGGUCCCAGUCCCGCUACAUCCUCGACAUUGACCGGCGAAAGCGGCGGGUUUACUUUCAGUCGAGACUACUUCAACUCUUUGCCAGGGGCUCGCGACAUCGGCAGCAGCAGCAGCAGCCGGCGCUCGAGUUUGAGCUCGGCUUUGGGCGCAAAGCAGGACAAACAGCCGGAGGGUCGCUCUCUCGAAAGCGAGACUCGAGGUCGUUCUUUCCCAGCGACUCGAGACUGGGGCGCGAAGCAGGAGACGCAGAUGGAGAGUCGCUCUUUUGAAAGCGAGACUCAAAGUCGUUCUUUCCUGACGGCUCGAGACUGGGGCACGCAGCAGGGGACGCAGGUGGAGAGUCGCUCUCUCGAAGACGAAACUCGAGGUCGUUCGUUGCAGAUGACUCAAGUCCGGGGCGCGAAGCAGGGGAUGCAGGCUGAGAGUCGUGAGGUCCAGCGCGCCGGCGACGGCUUGCCUGAAGCCGGCAGGUUCACCGGUAACCGGGCCGGACUGUCGGACACCGGCAAUGGUUCGUCUGACGUCAGCCACGCGUUGUCGGAGGACAAGGGCUCGUUUUCUGACGUCAGCAGGUUUGCGUGUUUUGAGUUGUCUCAAACUGCAAGCGCUGUAAGCUCCGAUGGCUCCGCGGGCUCCGCCAGCUCCGCCGGCUCCGCUGGCUCCGCGAUGGACGAGGUGCGCCGGGUAGAGCGGAGGGUGAAAGCCACGGAACGUACAAUCGACUCGGAACGGAGUCUCGAGUCAAAACGGACUCUCGAGUUGACUCCAAACGCAGUCACGGAAAGCGCGGAGCGGCGAGGUGGCGCGGGCGCUGGGCUUUUCGAGACGCUUCGAAACGGCGAGGCUUGGCGGGUCGAGCGGAAUGAGGCCGAAGCGGGACGGACUCCCCAGUCGAGUCGAACGGUCGACGCCAUAGCCGCGGAAGCCGCGGACGGCUCACGGUGCGUGGUCGUCAUUGAUUCGAGCGAAUCUAACUAUUCUGACGCGUUGCCGGAUAAGUCAGCCAUGGAUCGGGCUAUAAAGGCCAUGGAGCGAAUCGGCGCAACUGGCGGCGGGGAUGGCGGAGGAGGGGGGGAGGAGGACGGCGGGGGACGAGUCGGUGAGGGGGAAAGCGGAGACGGGGAAGGGGAACGGCGGAGGCGGAAGAGCGUGGAGGAACUAGAGAAGGAGGUGGACGAGGUUAAGGAGGCUUCGCACCGCAUAGCCGUCAUGUUUUACCAGCAGGACCAGGAACUUAAAGACCUAAGGGAAAGUCACCUAGCGCUAAAGGAGGAUCAUAAGCGCAUAUCGAUUCAGCUACAAGCGGCGCAGGCGGAAACCGACGAGCUGUGGAAUCAGCUCGCGGCGGCGUCCCGCCAGAAGGAGGCGGCGGAAGCAACGGCGGCGGAACUGCGCCUGAAGAUCCGCAUGCUGGCGGGGAACGUGGAGGAGCUGGAGGGGGAGGCGGAGAGCGAGGGGGGGUGGGGCGGCGGGGGAAAAAGCGGAAGCGGAAGCAGAGGCGGAGGCGGAGGUGGGGCAGGGGUUGGCGGAACGGUUGCCCCGGACGGGGCUAGGAGUCUGGAGUCCGAUCUCGUCGGUUUGAGGAAGCUUAAGGACCUGGAAUGGGAGUUAAUCUCCGCCCGAAGCGCGCGCGACCGCGCUAUGACGGUUUUGGUGGGGAUGAGAGAGGAGUGGAAUAAUCUCCGCAAGCUACGCCUGCAGUUAGACGCGCUAACGGCUGCCAAGGAAGUAGCUGGCGCUUCUAGCGGCGCCAACGGUGGCGCAAACGGCGGCCGCGGCGUUUAUGCGACGGACCGUAGGGCCGGGGGGGGACUUGCCGGGGGGAACGCGGACAAGUGGCGGAAGGUGGUUGGUCAGCUGCAGGAGCAUCAUGUGCGCGCAGUGGUGGAGGCGAAAGACGCGGCGGAGAAAUGCGCCGGCGCGCGGAGGCAGGCGGAAGCCGCCACGGAAGAAGCGACGCGGCUGAGGCGGGAGAUGGAGCGAGUAAGAGAGGAGAAGACUAUUGCGGAGGAGGAUCUUAGAGACUUCCGGAAGGGGUGGAAGGACUUAGCGGGGCAUUUAGAGACGUUCGCGGCGAAGGUCAGCGAGAUGGACGCGGAAUUGGCGGUAAGGAGGAAGGAGCGGGAGAUGAUGGCGGUGGAGAUUGAACGGUCGGGGAAAGAGCGAGAUUUAAUGGCGGUAGAGAUCGAACGGUUGAGAAAAGAGCGGGAUUUAAUGGUGGUGGAGAUCGAACGGCUGAGGAAAGAUCGCGAUCUGAUGGCGCUGGAGAUCGAACGGCUCAGCAAAGAACGCGACUACAUGGCGGUGGAGAUCGAACGGCUGAGCAAAGAGCGCGCGGAGGCAGAAGAAUCGGCGGAACGAGCCCGCGCGGAGAUGUGGGGGGAGCGGGAAAAGCGGCUGGGGGAAGUGCAGGACGCGGAGGAGAAAGCGAGGAGGAUCCGCGAGCGCGCGGGGCACGCGUUAGAAGCAUACGCGGAGGAGAAAAAAGAGGUCGAGAAUAUGUUACUAAAUCGAGUGCAAAGUUUACAGGUGGCGGUGGAGGAAUUGCAGGGGCAGCUGGAUGACGUGCAAGGCGCGAAAUCCCGACUCGCGCACGCCGCGGGCGCGUUCAUGCGGGAGUUUCAGGGAAUGGGCGCAGGGCGGGCGUUUCUGGAUGAUACGGGAGGGAGGUUGGGGAAUCUUAGCCCUCCAUCCACUGGAGAUGGUUUGGGAUCCAAAAUCGGACGGUCAUUAGAGCAGGGCUUGUCUGGGCGGCAGAUAAUCGAGGAGCUGGAUUACCUGUCCGAUGGGGGAGGCUUGGGAGGUGGCAGCAGAGCCUCGGCAGGCGCCCGAGCCUCUGGUGCAGGUCGGGAUGAGAUGGUCCGGAGUGGUAUCAUUGGGCAGAGGAGCUUCGGGUCGAGAAGUGGUGGGAGAGGGGCGAUGGGGAUGGCAGCAGCAGCAGCAGUAACUGCUGUUGACUAUGGGGCAUCCAUGGGGGGGGGUCUUGCCCAUUCCUCCGGUGGUGUGGCUGGUGCUGGUGCUGGUGCUGGUGCCAGUGAGAGGAGGAGGUGGAGUGCAGCAACGGAGCUUGAGCAUGCUUUACAGGCAGACCGAGGUGGCGGUGGGGAGGCUAUGGAUGACGACAUGAGGUCUACACGCAGUGGGGGGGGUGGCUCAAGGAGGUCGUACGUUGGAGGGAUGAUGGGAGGAGCAGCAGGAGGAGGAGGAACAGGAGGAGGAGGAGCAGGAGGAGGGGGGUAUGCUUGUGGUGCGGGGGCAGGGUUGCAGCCUAGGACGCCGAGAGGGAGUGCAAGAGCAGCGUCUCGAGGCAGGGGCGGACUCCGAGGCACCAUAAAUGAAGACGAUGGGGCCGAUGCUGCUUCAAUUGCCGCCUCCAUUCGCCGGGAGAGAGAACGCGAGCGGGAGAGGGACCGAGAUCGCAGCACUGAGUACCUCCAGCAGUGCGAUCGUGAGCGUCGAUUCCGGGAUGAGAGGGAGGACGAUGACAGGAUAUCCGUCCAUGCUCUGGAGAAGUAUGCACCAAAUCUGGCUCGUAGUUUGAACAUUGGUGGUAUUGCUUCUUCAGGAGCCUCCGGAGGUGGUGCAAGCAGGCAUGGGGUUGAUGAUGACGAUGAUGCCAGGAGCGUUGCCAGCAGCCGCAAGUCGUGUCUCUCGGGUAGAGGAAGUCGGUACUCGACUACUUCAUCUGGUGUAGCGGCCACAAAUCCAAGAGGAAGGGCAGCUGUUGGGGACCAUUCAACGCUUUACUAGUGAGGUUCUUCGUAGCCAAUAAAUAGCACACACUACCAGUAUUCGAAGCUUCAAUACACACAUUGGAAGCUUUCAUAUAUUUUUAUUAUAU